AGUGAGGAAGAGAGGAAUACGGCAGCAUCUCUUCUUCUUACCGGAGGAAAAACGACGAAUCAUUAUCACAGCUAUAGUGCUACGGAGCAGUUACAUCUAAUCUGCGCGCUACCCAAUUCCCGGUACAUCUGCUAGGCCACCUCAAGGGGACUAAACCGAAUAAAGGAGGAAAACGUUAAGGAAGCCUUAUUUACCGAUCGAUACGCACGAGGAGCCCAUAUAUAUACGGAUCUCACAGCAACACGAGGACUGACGAGGCCACCCCCACCUGGAUAACAAACCGCUUAACGUAGAACGGAGAGCUUUCGGUAACGCUAGUAAAGAGAGCGAGAGGACAGGAUGAAUCUCAAGCAUCACUUGGUCCUGACGCUGUGCGCAGUCUACGGGAUCCUGCUAAAAGGGUCGUCCGGGCAACACCCCCUGGUCCAGAAUCAGACUGUGACAGAAGGCAGGACGGCCAUCAUGACCUGUAGAGUAGAAUACAAUGACCAGACGUCCCUCCAGUGGUCCAACCCCACACAGCAGACACUCUUCUUCGGGAACAAGAAAGCUCUGAGAGAUAACCGCAUAGAGCUGGUGAGGGCGUCGUGGUCAGAGCUGACCAUUAGUAUCAGUGAGAUCACACUGGCUGACGAGGGGAUGUACACCUGUUCUCUAUUCACCAUGCCUGUCAAGACCGCCAAGGCCUACCUUACUGUACUGGGGGUGCCAGAGAAGCCAGAGAUCGACGGUUUGACCAAGCCUGCCCUCGAAGGAGAUGAGAUCACUUUGACCUGUAUGACCCACGGCUCCAAGCCUGCAGCCAACCUCCGCUGGUUCAGGAACGAGAAGGAGAUCAAAGGUGCCAAGGAGGUGAAUGCCAGUGGAAAGACCUUCACAGUGACCAGUUCUCUACAGCUGCUAGUAGACCGGGACGAUGAUGGGGCAGCGUACACCUGUAAAGUAGACCAUGUCGCCCUGUUACAGACACCACAACAGACUACUGAAGUAUUGGAGGUGCACUAUGCUCCUCGUGUGUUGAUCACCCAGUCGUUGACGUUCCCUCAGGAGGGUCAGUACCUGAAGCUAGAGUGUGUCUCCAAGGGAAACCCAUCGCCAGACCCUGUGUUGUGGACUAAGGAUGGAGGACAGCUACCAGACCUGGAGAGAAUGAUCGUACAGGGAAGAGAACUCACCUUUUCCGCCCUUAACAAGACAGACAAUGGCACCUACCGCUGUGUGGCCUCCAACCACCUAGGCAGCAGCAGUGCAGAAUACAUACUCUACGUCUACGACUUCCCCACUACCUUCCCUCCAUACACCACCCCUGCCCCCCGCCCCACCAGACACCACCGUCCCCCUAGACCCCACAUCGCCUCCUCAGACCCUACAAACAUCUACAACAGAGAUCCCAACGCCAUGGGGCAGCGCGGACCAGACCAUGCUCUGAUUGGUGGAGUGGUGGCGGUGGUGGUCUUCGUUACCUUGUGUCUAAUCAUCUUUUUGGGCCGCUACCUAGCCAGGCAUAAAGGAACGUACCUGACCAACGAGGCCAAAGGAGCGGACGAUGCACCAGAUGCUGAUACAGCUAUCAUCAACGCAGAGGGCAACACACAUGCUGAGGGGAAGAAGGAGUACUUUAUCUAGACUGUAGAGGGCGCUCUGAUCCGCUACCCCAAAACGUGCUGAGGAGAAGGGAGUACUUUGUUUAGAUUGGUCGCCCCCUCUUUCUCUCUCUUUCUCUUUAUCUCAUUAUCUCUCUAGCUAUAUAUCUUUCUUUUCAUCUCUCUCUCUCUUUCUCUUCACAUCUCUCACUCUCUCUCUUCACCUAUAUCUCUGUCU